AUCCAUUCAUUGUGAUGCGUUCAUGCGCUAUGGAAAAUAUGCAAUGCAACGUAGCUGUAUAAUGGAACUCGAAAACCAGGUUUUAAUCGGUGAGUCAAUUGUUGCUUAAUCGAGACACUCAGACAGGUUAGGUGAAGGCAAUCUGCGUAAAAGUAAUUUUGACCGAUACUGAAGCAAACACCAGCAGCAUUUUGUACCGAUAGUGAAACUAACAUACUACACGUGAAGGCAGCACAGACCCCACAGCAGUUAACCAGCAACGGGUCAGUUUAAAAUAAAGAGAAACUGAAAGCAGCCGCAGCAUUAUGUUGCAUCAUCGGCAGCCUGAUGCCAAACCUCAUGCGCUCAAAAGCCACCAGACACACCAACUGAGCGCUUCACUUCGAGCUACACAUUUACAGAGACAACACGUCAUAAAGCACCAGACAUUAGUCCGCACCACGGAAAUACAGCAUUACCUGUUUAGCAGCCUGUCACCCAGAGUCUUUCAAAGUGUACUCCAAGCUGUGGAGCGGCGCCGAGUGUGCGUCAACUACAGUUUGCAUGGCAGCGGUUUCACUCACGGGCGCACAGCUCGGAUGAUCCGGUGACGGUAGCCACAUCCUGCCGGUGGACACUAAGACAGCCAACCGGCCAGCCAGUCAGCUGCAGGACGGAGGAAGACAUGUCCCCGUUAUUCAUGGACACCGGGUACAACAGCCCUGUCACAGUGUCAGAUGAGGGGAGCAACUCCGCUGGACUGGAGAGAGAAGAGGGGCAACAGAUGGGAGGCAAAGGGAGAAAAAGACAAGAGAAGAAUAGAGACGCUGCGAGGAAGAGCCGCAGAAAACAAACGGAGAGAGCAGACGAACUUCACGAGGAGCUCCAGGGCCUGGAGCGAUCCAAUUCAGCCCUUAAAAAGGAGAUUGCCGCGUUGAAAAAGGACCUCCACCUCUACACGACGGCUUUGGAGCGCCACGAGCCUCUCUGUCACGUCAAAGCUUCUGCAUCCAGCUCCAGCCCAACAACCUGCCCCUCAGUUUCCCCCUCGGCAGACCGUCAGGCUGGCCCCAGUCCUCCUGGAGUCCCUCCCCGAGCCUCAAGCUCAACUUUGGCUCCUGCCCCUUCACUCUCUACCUCCCUAACCUCCAUCUUGGGCAUUCAAACCCCUGACUGUGUUGAAAGUAAACACCUCUCAUCUUCAACUCCUCCAACGACUGCAACGUUAGCCUCACCCAUCAGCUCAUCUGCUGAACACUUUACUUCCUCUAGCUCUGUAACUUCUCCUUACUGCGGCUCUUUCUCUGCAGUUCCAGCUCCUCACUCUUUGUUUAGCGAAUCUCUAAUCACGCUGAGGCCAGCAAAUGUUUGGCCUGUCUGCACAAGCCUUGUGUCAAAGCCUGUACCCUCCAGCUCUCUUACCACAGCUGCUCAGCUUCAAUCUAGGCAAGGCCCAAUCCAUGAAAGCUCCUCAAUGUCCGCCACUGCUUCUUUCCCUCCACUUCAUCCUGGUGCACUGGAUGCCUUUCUAAUGAAGCAAGACUCUUUUCUAACUGCGUCAUCUAAUGUAGUGCCCCUUUACUCCCAUUCAGCUGUACAAGAUGGAGGUCUAGUAGCACAGGGUUGCUCCAUGAAUGUGCCCCAGCUUGAUCCAAGUCAGUUCAGCAGAAAUCUAAUCAAUUCAAGUGCGUCUCUUUUACCCCCAGCUCUUCGAAAUCCUCCUCUUCAGCCCCCCUUAGUGCCGACACCUACCUCUGCUUUUGCCUUAAAGCCACGUUCUGGUCAACAAGUCACUGUCAAUCCUGCAUCUCUGCUCUCCCUGCUCACUGUCCCGAGUCCCUUUAAUGUGCCUCAUACUACCUCCAGCAGCUAUGACAGACCUCUCUCUCAACCUCAGCCCCCGCUACCAACGUUAGAGGAGCCCUCAAGAGAUCUUUCCCUUUCUGAGUUCCUGGAAGUCAAUGAUUGGAUACUAAGUGGGACUAGUUAUGAGUAGCACUACAUAGCAAAGGAAGACCAGUUUCCUUUAAUUUAUAUAUUUCUAUAUUUUGUGCAAGUUUAAUCAAACUCUUCUGAGCAGCUAUAGCAAUAAUUGUAAAAUACAAGAAGACAGGUUUAACUAUGGAAAACCUGACAUCACAUUAUGACAUAAGGGCCAAACCAAUGUCCAAGCUGUUUAUAUUCAGCUUUCUGCUUCAUAAAAGGACACUCUUUUGAUUUGGUAUUGAGUUGGGGGAUUCACAAGUGCCAGGUUAAAGAAAAAAUGGUCAAAGCCAAUGCAGUAGAAGUGGAGAUAUCCCAACUUUUAGUUCCUAGUAUGGGUCAAGCUCCAAAAACACUAGAUCCUGCAGUGCAACUAAUAGCAUCUUUUGCAAGCGUCCUGUUCUAAAUUGUAACCUCCAAGCCCAAGCAGAAAAACCCCAAUGACAUCACUAUAUCAUCACUGGGGAUAUUUUCUCAACUGUCUCAAUCCUUCUCCAGAGCCACAGAAGGCAUUAAACAACUGUUUUCACAGGCUGAGUAGUCCUCCGCAUGAUGAGUUACCCAACUGUCAUGACAGAAAUUGGUGCAGUUUCCCUUUAACAAGGGCAAAUAAUGCUUAGCCUCGGUUUUUGGAGACUGGGGUCUGACUUAGCUGGAUAACUCUGCACAACAAAUGAGCUUCUUGUGAGUCCGUAGUUUACAAGCUCCUAUACGUAGAGAGACAUUAACCAUACAGUAAAAUCCAGCGGCGUCAUGCUUUACAGUUUCUGAGAAAUCUUUUAGGUAGGUGUCAUCCCUUCCUUUAUCCACAGACAGGACACAGAAAAACUGACUCAACAUUCGAAACUUUGACUUGUAAUUUUAGAUGGGGUGGAGUGCUCACUUCCUUGCAACAUAAUGGAAGUGUGUUUAGGAGAAAUUUCCAUCUGUGGCAGGGGCCACAUGUGUAAACGUAAGAGGCACCAAAGUUAACCACACAGGCAGGGCGCGCCUGGCUGCAUAUGAGUUAUGAUUUAACACAAGGAAAGUUUAUUCUGUCUUUAUUUGCACCUCUUUAAAAUACAUAAUCAAACUGUCUUCACAGUCUAACAUAUUUUGCUGCUACUGAUCAUUUAAAUCAGUCUAUUUGCUGAUUGUUAUUUUUUUAAGCUACAGUUAUUUAUUUUUUUACAUUUCAGAUGAUACAGUACUUUCAUUUUCAAUUUAAAUAACAGAAUUGCAUUAUUUUUAUUUACCGUAAUUAUGCUGAUUCCUUAUUAAUUAAAGUGUUUUGCCAGGCUUUGCUUACAAGAGUGGAUCCACAAUAAAACAAAGUGGGCACCUGCCCAGGACCCCCAAACCCUCAAGGGCCCUUAGAGUCCCCAGAUUGAAUGUGUAUGUGUUGGUGUGUGGUAAUUUAAUUAAUUGCAAAUCAUAAAUAGUUUGUGUAUCAAUAUUAUUUGUCUUAUCUGCCUGUUUCAAAGUUCAUAUUCACAAAUAAAUGUGAAUAACCUCAAGCAGGGGGUGUCAAAGGGCCCUCAGCUCUGCAUUGGGGCCCCCUAGUGGUUACAUUCAGCCAUGAUCACAGGGACAAUUUAUGUGACAACUCAAAAAUCCAAUGACACCCCUCAUCAUGUGGGUUUAAACAUGAUAAGAAUGGUUGUGUAAUUAAUAAUUCCCUUAUUGAGUUCAUUUCAAGUGAAUCAAAUGAGAUAAAUAACUGGAUUUUUCCAUUUGACUUUCUCUCCCUGUAACUAAUGAUAAGAGGGGCGGCUCAGACUGCUGUAAGGAAAUUAAUAUGACGAUUUUGUUUUUUCAGAGAAUGAUUUAUGUAGAUUAUUCUGCUUUUAUGUACAAUUUAUAUGUAUGUAUGUAUGUAGGAUAUUAUAUGAGCCUGUAUUCCACCGAAAAGUUUAUGAUUAAGUGCGAGGCUUUGGGUUUGUGUGUGUGAAUUAUGACUAUUUUGUAUUUAUCAUGCAUUAGAUGAAUAUAUUUAUGUUGACAUUGUGGUUGCAAUUGAAAA